AGUAAAUUUAUUUAACGUUAGAGAUUUAAAAUCUCACCUACUACCUGUAUAAAUAAGACAUUUAGCUAGAUUAUUAGAAGUUCGUCUGAUGUAGUUGCUUCAUGAUUUGGUUCUAACGUACUACAUUAUCAUGUUGCUAGUUCGCUAACGUUAGCUCUAUAAACCAACUAAUGGAAGUAGCAGCUAAUGCGUUUUAGCUAGCUGUAUACAUAUAACUACGUUUACUAACAUAGUAGCUAACCUAACUAACAGGUGACAGUGUUAGCUCGAAGAAGACUGAUGCAAGUAACGUAAAUUUGACAUCGAAUUCUGUGUGUCUUGUUUGUGAUAUAGCUGCAAAGUGCAAUCAAGUACAUGAAGGUGACUGAUUGAACAUUUCUCUGAUUGGACAAGGACACUUGCACAACCAGUGGAAAAGCAUAUGGUUGAAUGAUGGAGGUUGCCUAUGUUUGUGAGUGGGAGAAGAGACCCAAGAGCAACCACUAUCCUUCCAUCCCACUGGUGUGUGCCUGGUCCUGCAGGAACCUCGUUGCCUUUACCACAGACCUAAAAAAUGAGGAAGACGAGAAAGUCAGUCAUAUGGUCCACAUCAUUGACACAGAGCACCCAUGGGAUGUGUACUCCAUUAACUCUGGACAUGGCGAGGUCAUAUCCUGUCUGGAGUGGGACCAAUCAGGUUCCAGGUUGUUGUCUGCUGAUGGAGAUGGGCAGAUCAAGUGCUGGGCGAUGGCAGAUCACCUGGUGAACAGCUGGGAGAGUUCACUAGGGAGUGCAGAGGACGGAGACCCCAUCAUAGCUCUGUCCUGGCUGCACAAUGGAGUUAAGCUGGCUCUGCAUGUGGAGAUGUCGGGCUCCACCAAUUUCGGUGAGAAAUUCUCACGGGUCAAGUUCUCACCGUCACUCACGCUGUUUGGGGGAAAGCCCAUGGAGGGCUGGCUGGCAGUGACGGUGAGCGGCCUGGUCACCGUGUCCCUGCUGAAGCCCAACGGUCAGCUGCUCACAGCCAGCGAGAGCCUGUGUCGCCUGAGGGGCCGCGUAGCCCUGGCCGACAUCGCCUUCACCGGCGGAGGUAACAUUGUGGUGGCGGCCACGGAUGGCAGCAGCUCAUCACCUGUGCAGUUCUACAAAGUAUGCGUGAGCGUGGUCAACGAGAAGUGUCGCAUCGACACUGAGCUGCUGCCCUCACUCUUCAUGCGCUGCACCACGGACCCGGUCAGGAGGGACAAGUACCCGGCUGUCACACACCUCAAGUUCCUCACCAGGGAGAACUCUGAGCAGGUGCUGCUGUGUGCCUCCAGUCAGAUGGGCAGCAUCGUAGAGUGCUGGUCAUUGCGGAAGGAAGGCCUCCCUGUCAAUAACAUAUUCCAACAUCGUUCACCAGUAGUGGGCGAGAAACAGCCGACGAUCCUGAAAUGGCGCAUCCUCUCGGCCACCAAUGAUCUGGACCGCGUGUCGGCCGUGGCUCUGCCAAAGCUGCCAAUCUCCAUCUCCAACACUGACCUAAAGGUGGCGUCGGACACCAAGUUCUGCCCAGGCCUCGGCCUGGCCCUAGCCUUCCACGACGGCAGUAUCCAGAUCCUCCACCGGCUGUCCCUUCACACCAUGGGCGUGUUCUAUGGAUCCUCCUCGGGCUCCUCCCAGCGGGCCGGUGAUGAGCCGGCCAUAAAGCGGCAGCGCCCCGGCGGCCCAACCGUCCACUUCAAGGCCCUGCAGUUCUCCUGGACCUCACUGGCCCUGGCCGGAGUGGACAACCACGGCAAGCUGCACAUGAUUCGCGUAUCUCCAUCCAUGGGCCAGAUGCUGGACAUGAACACACUUCUGCGCCACCUGCUGUUCCUGCUGGAGUACUGCAUGGUGACAGGCUACGACUGGUGGGACGUGCUGCUCCACGUGCAGCCUGGCAUGGUCCAUAACCUGGUGGAGAAGCUGCAUGAGGAGUACAUGAGACAGAACCAAGCCCUGCAGCAGGUGCUCUCGACACGUAUUGUGGCGGUUAAGGCCUCCCUCUGUAAGCUGUCAUCGGCCACAGCUGCUCGAGCCUGCGACUUCCACGCCAAGCUCCUCCUCAUCGCCAUAAGCUCCACCCUCAAGUCCUUGCUGAGACCCCACGUCCUCAACACUCCAGACAAGAGCCCCGGGGACAGGCUGGCAGAGAUAUGUUCCAAAAACACUGACACUGAUAUCGAUAAGGUGAUGAUCAACCUGAAGACGGAGGAAUUUGUGCUGGACGGCCCCCCACUCCAGUCUCUGCAGCAGCUCAUCCAAUGGGUGGGAGACUUUGUGCUGUACCUGAUGGCCAACCUACCCAAUCAGGGCUCCGUCGUGCGUCCCGGCUUUGGGUUCCUGCGCGACGGUUGGUCCCUGGGUAUGCUGCGGGAGAUGAUGGUGAUGAUCCGCAUCUGGGGCCUGCUGAAGCCUGGCUGCUUGCCCAUCUACACCGCCACCUCGGACAACCAGGACAGCAUGUCGCUGCUCUUCCGCCUGCUCACCAAGCUCUGGCUCUGCUCUCGGGACGAGGGCCACCCCCAGGAGCCAGAUGAACCGCUGAUAGACGAGUGCUGCCUGCUGCCCAGCCAGCUGCUGGUGCCCAGCAUGGACUGGCUGCCCGUCAACGACGGCAUCAUCUGCAAGCUGCAGGGCAAGCACCCGCUGCGGCUUCAGUUUGGCAAGCCCUACAGCCUGCCGGGUCUCAACUCCACAGCCCAGGUGGAGGUCUUCUCCAGGAGCCCGGGGGUCCAGAGGAUGGAUCAUCUACGUUGUCUCUACAUGGGAGUCUGCCCCACAGAGGACAGCAAAGCCUGUACCAGGUGUGGCUGUGUGACUAUGCUCCGCUCGCCUAACAAGACCAACGCCAUGAAGCAGUGGGAGCAGCGCUGGAUCAAGAACUGCCUUUGCGGAGGCCUCUGGAGAAGGAUCCCAUCCACACUGUCCUGAGAUCUGUCCAGAGACCACUAUCACCGCAAACCCUGACCUCAGAUCAGCGUUUGGACACUAGCCUGCAUGACACUGCUGCCUCUUAGCAGAUCUCUUUGGGGGACAGAUGAAGUACUGGAUAUCCAUACGGUUGUAUUUCAAAGAUCGCUGUUUGGAGAGGCGGUGAUCAUUCUGUCAUUGUGGUUAAAUGUGCCAGAGAUACCUGUAAAUAGGAACCAUGUGCUUUUUAUGUCUCUUUUUAUAUUCAAACCUGUGUCAAGAAAAUAAACCUUAUUUGGUGACCUUA